UAUUAAUCAUAAUACUAACAAAAUGUCAAGUGAAUCUAAAAAUCAACAUGUGUAUUUAGUAGGCUUUCAAAGCAGUGCAUUGAACAAACGAAAAUUGCCAUCUCAGCGACAAGUAUUAAGUGUUUUUUUUUAUAAUUUGAAUUUUCUCAAACAAUCUGUUCGUGAAAGCGCACGAAAUGUAUUGAAUGAGGUUAAUGACAUUUGGAGUCUUACUGGUAUACCAGUAAUUAAAUCAUGUAAUGCAAUUUCAAAAAUUGUAAGACUCCAUAACGAGUGGAUUCUAUUAAAAAAAAAUAAGUCUCGCAAUACACAAACCCAAAAGUCGAAAGAAAAACGAUUUUCUUUAAAGUUGGAUCAAAUUUUCGAUUUAGCACUCCAAAAGUCUUUUAACCAGCUCACAGAAACACAAAAAGAAUUUUUAUCAAAUGAACGUAGAGCACAUAGAUCAAGCCCUAUUAUCUUCGAAACAAAUUCACAAACAGACAGUGAUGAAGAGUUAACUCGAAGUUUUUCUGGCCUAUCUACAUCAACUGGCAGUAAAUCUUUUCCAAGUUCAGGUGAACUCAAACGUGAAAUUUCAAAUUUUGAGAAUGAGUUACCUUCUCGUCUUAGACCAAAAAAGAAAAAAAACGUGAUAGAUGAGAAACUAGUUGCGACCCUAGAUCGCACACAAACGAGCGAUCGAAUGGCUGCAUACCUAGUGAAUUCCGUUGCUAAGAACUUCGACGUGGAUGUGGAUAAGAUAAAUACUAGCAGAAGUUCUCUACGACGACAUCGCAUGCAUCAACGGCAAGCAACUGCUAAAAAUUUGAAAGAAAAAAUUAUCUUUCCAUCAUGUUUAGUAUUGCAUUGGGAUGGAAAACUUCUUGAUGAUUCAGAAAGUGUCAAAAAAGUUGAGAGAUUGCCGGUAAUAGUAACAGGACUAGAUUUUGAACAUAUUUUGGGCGUUCCCAAAUUAGUUACUGGAGACAGUAAAAAUCAAACCGAUGCCAUAAUUAAAUUAUUAGAUGAAUGGAAGAUUAAAAACAAAAUUAAGGCUUUAUGUUUUGAUACUGCUGCUGUAAAUACGGGCUUGAAUAAUGGAACAUGCACUCAGCUUGAACGUGAGUUGAACAGAAAUCUUCUUCAUUUGGGUUGUAGACAUCAUAUAUACGAGUUGGUGCUUAGAAGUGUCGCAGAAACGUGUUGGCCGGUUACAAGUGGUCCUAAUGUUGCAAUAUUCAAUCGCUUCAAAAAUAAUUGGGAAAAUAUAAAUAAAGAAGAAUUUGAGACUGGAAUUGAAGAUUCUGAAGUUGAGAUAAAAACCAGAGACAUGAAAGACGAAAUUCUACAAUUUAUUUCAAGUCAAAUCAAGGAAUAUCAGCCGCGAGCUGACUACAAAGAACUGUUGGACUUAACUUAUAUUUUUGGGAGGAACUCCAUCAAGUCACUUUGGAUUCAAGCGACCUGGAGCGAUGCACCAUGCAAGAUGAAGCAAUUUAAAGUAAAUGCCAAAGAAAUACCUCAGCUCCGAGACAUAUGUCUAUUUAUCGUUACAAUUUAUGUAAAAGCGUGGUGUCAAUGCCCUAAUGCUAUUAAAGCUCCAAAUCAGGAUUUACAGUUUUUGAAAGACAUCAUCAAGUACAAAGAUAUCAACAGAAAAAUUUCGAGUGCAGCUAUGGAUACAUUUUUAAGACACGGGUGGUACUUGUCAGAAUCUCUUGCCCCACUAUCUUUUUCGACGACUCAAUACCUCGAGAGAUUAAAUUAA